GGCAAAUACAGUCAGAAAAAGAAAAACUUGUAGUUCACUUCUGCUUUGAUCACACUUAAUCAGACAAGUGAUACUGGGCAAUUGUGCCAGAUGCUCUGAGAGGGAAUCUAUGCAAACCACGCUGGCCUUCAAGAGGAUUGAGAUGGCUCUGGAUCUUGGAGAAUCAUUUUCCCAAAUUGUCUUUCAACAGUUCUUACUUUUCCCCAGAAUGUGCUUUGAACAAAAUUAAUUGAACUGUCUUGCUAAUGAACAUGCAGCCCUGUUUUGAGAAUGUAAAUCAGCUGGCAAAACACCUGCCAAGUCAAGUGUCUUAUCCUAACGUAAUGGGUGACUAAAUACACAUUCCUAUGCUGGAGAUUUAAAUAAUCCUUUAGAGCACUGCUGAGAGUACCAGAGGCUUUGGCAGACAGAGGAAAACCUACGAAAGAGGAUGAACAAGCUGCAGAGACUGCUUCAGAACAAGAUCCUGAUCCUGACAAUAUGUGCUGCUGGGAUUGGAGGCACUUUCCAAUACGGUUACAACAUCUCCAUCAUCAAUGCUCCAGCUUCAUACAUCCAGACGUUCAUGAACACGACCUGGCUGGAGCGCACGGGUGUUCCCCUGGAGAGCAACGUGAUCCUGCUGCUCUGGUCCUUCACUGUCUCUGCAUAUCCCCUGGGAGGCCUCACUGGGGCUGUGGUUGCUGGUCCCAUGGCCAUCAUGUUGGGAAGGAAGAUGUCCCUGCUGCUCAACAAUGUCUUUGUGAUCAUAGCUGCAGCCCUGUCAGGAUUCAGCCGAAUGGCAAAAUCCUUUGAAAUGAUUAUGCUCAGCAGAUUUUUUACUGGCAUGAAUGCAGGUGUGAGCAUGAACAUUCAGCCCAUGUAUUUGGCGGAAAGUGCCCCAAAGAAGCUCAGAGGAGCUGUGGCCUUGACCUCUGCAUCGUUUACAGCCCUGGGGUUGGUGCUGGGACAGGUGGUUGGACUCAGGGAGCUUCUAGGCAGGGAGGAGAGCUGGCCAUUCCUUUUAGCAAGCAAUGUGGUACCUGCCCUGAUCCAGCUCACAGCUCUGCCUUGGUUCCCUGAAAGUCCCAGAUACCUCUUGAUUGACCGUGGAGACAAAGAAUCCUGCAUCUCUGCACUGCAGAAGCUCAGAGGCACCAGUGACCUGAGUGCAGAGCUGGAAGAGAUGCUGGCUGAACAGGCUGCUGUUAAAGGUCAGAGAGCAAAGAACCCGUGGGAGCUCUUCCAAAAUCCAUCUCUGAGGUGGCAGCUGGUGAGCAUCGUUGUGCUGAGCAGUGCCAUGCAGCUCUGCGGGAACGACUCGAUGUAUUUUUAUGCAGCUUAUGUGUUCCAAGAGGCUGGAAUUCCUCAGGACAAAAUCCCAUAUGUUGUAAUCGGUACAGGAAGCUGUGAACUGAUCACGUCUGUCACCUGUGUGAGACUCUUAAUGCACUCUGCUGACACGCAACCUCUGUUGACAGUGUGGAGGCUGUUGAACAUGAUUAUAGACUAUGCUGGUCGGAGGCCGCUGCUGCUGGGGGGCUACAUCUUCAUGGCAGGAUGGGCCAUUGUCUUCAUGGUCGCUCUGAGCCAGCAGACUCAGAUUAGCUGGAUGCCUUAUCUCAGCAUGGCCUGCAUUUUCGCCUAUAUCCUGAGCUUUGGAAUCGGACCAGCUGGUGUAACAGGAGUUCUGCCCACAGAGGUUUUUGAUCAGAUGUCCCGGCCAGCUGCUUACAUGAUCUGUGGCUCCCUGCUCUGGUUCAACCUAUUUCUGGUUGGAACAGCCUUUCCAUUCAUCGUGAAAAGUCUAGCACAUUUCUGCUACAUCCCAUUCCUUGUGGUCUGUGUCUGCACUGCACUCUACGUUGGAUUUUUCCUCCCUGAGACAAAGGGAAAGUCCUUCCUAGAAAUCUCGGAGGAGUUCAAGAAACGGAACUUCAGAACUAAGACCCGUGCGGGUUUUUAUAAAGGCCCUGAAGAGAUCAAAACCACCACACUGUAGCAGAAGAAAGGAAGAUGGAACCUGGGGGAGUGGAGCAGUUAAUUCAGCAGUGGUUGUGUUCCCUCGCAGGGACACUAAGAGAAAAGUAGGGUUAGGGACAAUACAUUACUCUUAGGUCCUUAAGUUCACCUUGAAAACACAUGCUUGAACUGAUAAAUACAAACAGAAGUUUGAUAAUCUGUUCUCAGUUUUUAGUACUGAGUAACACUUGCAUAUUUUAGAAUCCAGUGACAGAAUGAUGCCUUGUUCUCUUAUCAUCAAACAACACCAUGUAAUGCUUGAGCAAAUUUCCUCAGAAUUUCUCCUCUACCCAAACAGUAACUUCCAUCUCAGAAGUUUCUUUCCUUGCCCCUGAAUCUGGGCUCUCUAACACAGAAAUUAAUGCGAUUAAAUUCUGUUUUCAGACAUCAGAUGAAAUUUUCAGUACCUUGUCUUGGUGCUCCCGUUGUUUCUGUUAUUAAGUGAUUUCAAAUAGACCCCUACUUGUUGAGCAAUAGUGAGCAGUUAAUUAUUUUCAGCUAUAAAAGCAUGUGACAGAUGGAUUAUGAAGAAAGCUUCUAGUACUUGCUAAGUGGCUUAUUAUACAACAGACUUUUGGGCAUUGUUUUGCAGAAUAUUUAUUCUGGACUGGUUUUCUUCAUGGCUUGUUUGUUGUCUUCCAGUCCUAUAUUGUAAAGCACAAGUUCCCCAGUCCAGUUUGUACUGCUCUCACAGACACUGCUGGUGCACCUUGUAGGGUUUUGUGCCUGUGCUCUGCUAAUGGUAAGUGUGUGAGGAGCUCGUAUGCAGCAGCUUAUUUGGGGUGUGGAGAUUUAGAUCACACCUGGACAUUCUCUGCAGCAUGUUCUUGUUGUCUCCACAAAGCACACUGGAAAAGACCCAGAUGUGAUAGUGAUUGCUUUUAGUUAACCUGGUACAGAAGAGGGCAACACUCCUCAGUUAAUAAGGCCUUUCACUUUGUUCAUAUGAAAGUCACAGCACUGCUGAUGGUUGCAGCAAAGAACAGACACAUUUUCAAAAGAAGUUGCUAAAGUUUCUCUCAGUGUAUUUUUUAACUACAUUUUUUGGGAAAUACAGAACUUUUGAAUGACAAGACUGUAAACAUUUCCAGAGUGUAUUACUGUCAUUACUGGGCAUGUGUGGAGCAGCAGAUCUAUUUCUCAGAGGUGGAGUCUGUGCAAGAACUCUCUUUCACUACCUGAAGUUUAUAACAUACAAAAAAUAAAGAGUAAACUUUU